AUGCUGCAUGAGGUGAAACCGCCCUGACUCGAUCUGGAGCGAAAAAACACCAGGGAUAUGCAGAAUUUGGAUCUUUACAGCCGACUGGACUCUCAGAGGAAUGAUGAGGAGGCCGUAGUGGACAGAGGAGGCACUCACUCAAUGCUUAAAGCUGGACUGGAGAAGGAGGAGCUAGAGGGUCACAGGACUCUGUAUAUCGGGGUUCAUGUUCCUCUGGGCAGAAGAUCCCACCGCCGUCAUCGGCAUCAUGGACACCGACACAGAAAGAGGAGCAGGGAGAGAGACUCGGGCGUCGAAGACGGACACGAAUCUCCUUCAUACAGUAACAUCCAUCCUUCCUUCAGUGACUUUCUUACUCUGUGUUUUUCUCCUGUUUUUCAGUACAAAUAUCGACACAUUCUUAACCCUAUAAAGCCCAUUUCUGAUCAACAAGAUCAAAACUGCUAA